AUUUUUUACUUUUCUAGAAAAAUAAAAAAAAAAAGUAGAUGGAAAGGGCUAAUACACUUUUUGGUUCCAUAGUUUGAAAUUAUAUGCAUGAUUUGAAUGACUAUGUUGUAUAUUACCGCUAUUUCUUCAAUUAACAAACCUUUGAAGUCGGAAGGAUAAAGAUAACAACAACUCAAAGCAAGGAGAAGAAAAAAAAAAACAGUAUGAUGAAUAUGUGUUUGUGGAAGGAAAAAAUGGAGGGCAGCAGGUCCAGGUUGAUGGAAGAAAAAAGCAAAAAAAGAUCACUUGAUUGGGAAUUUGAUAUAAAAAGCAUGGCAGAAGAUAUAAAUCUUGUUUUGAAAACUAUGGUUUGGAUUCUAGGAAAUCAUAGAAACACAACUAUUCUCCAAUUUAAAUUGUUGUUGAAGAGCUUACAAAUUCAAAAACUAUUCAUGACCCUUGUUCUUAGGGUUCUCAACAAGGAAUAUGCUUCUGAACAAGAGACAUUGAAUAAGAUUUGGGAUUUGAAGGCGGAGCAUAUGAAACUGAUUACGGAUGCACGUGCUGAUUUGAACAAGAUGUGGAAUGACAAACGGAAGCCGAAGAGGAAGAGGAGGAGGAAGAUGGAGAAAUUAGUUGAGGAUGAUGAAAACAACAACAUUAUUGAUCAUGAUGGGAAUCAACUCGUUCUCUGUGUUGAAAAAUUGCAAGAGUUACAAGAGGAGUUGGAGAAGAUUAACAAAGAGGCGAGUCGCGAGUUGUUGAAAGUUGUACAAAAGUACAAUCCGAUUCGUCAACCCUUCUAUGAGAAGAGAGCAGAUAUUAUUAAAGAUAUUCCUGGUUUUUGGUCGAGAGCUUUCCUGAAGCAUCACUUACUUGGUGGGCUUGUAUGUACCGAAGAGGACCUCAAGAUUUUCGAGUUUCUAAGAUCAAUCGAAGUGGAAGUUUCCCAAGAUGUCAAAUCAGGUUAUACCAUUAUCUUCAAUUUUGAUUCAAAUGAAUAUUUUGAGAAUACAAAGCUUUGGAAGAAGUAUGGACGUACUAAAACUACUGCAUCGCCAAUACAAUGGGCACAAGGCAAGAUAGUUGAUGAACAAAGCUUCUUUAAGUGGUUCAGCGAAGUUGAUAAUAUUGAUGAAAUCGGUGAGAUAAUCAAGGAUGAUCUGUGGUCCGAUCCUCUCUUUAGUUUUCGAUAUGAGGCAGAUGAAGAAAAUGUUGAUAAUGUGGCAGUGAAGAAAUAUGAAGAUAUGGUAGUGAAGGACAGUGAAGAUGUAGAAGAAAAUGAUUAGAGGUUUGGUCCUUGUUAUUCAAAUGCCUUAGAAAUGGUUUUGAACUAUUCACAAACUUGAUUAUAGCGACACUCUUCAUGUGAGUUUACCUUACUAUGUUGAUAAUUUUGUAUUAAUCUGUCUGAAGGUAUAUUUUGUCCAUAGAAAGAUCAGUACAACAGUUCAUUCGGAUGUGUGAUCUCAUUUCCUUAGCAGACUAACAUAUAGAACUGCUGAAUUAGUUUGUGGUGAGCUCGCUGAUUAAUCUGACAAUGGACUACAUUGUAGCACAUUACAAGUAUCUCUUACGGUUCUUUAUGUACAGUAUUGUAUGUCUUA